AUGUCACAGUACGAACCUUCACCACAACCUCCUCGCCGACGAGGCCAGUCCCUCUUCCCUUACAGCAACAGUAGCAGAGCCUCAGCCCAGAGCCUCAGGAGCCAGUACAGCAGCAGAGAAGCCCAGACUGCGCACCUCGUCCAGCUCAUCGAAGAGUUCCGCAAGGGAGAUCCCAUCUACGAGCCCGUGCCGCCUACACCGCCGCCCAGAGCCCCGGGACGGCAGAGGAGUCAACGGAGUCAGAGGAGCCAGAGGGUCGUUUCGCCGUUUGUGCGAUUUCAGUCGCCUUUGGAGCGGUUCGCAUCACCGCUAGAACGCUUUGCGUCACCCUUCGAGUCAUAUGCUCCUAGAAGACAGGCCAAAACGCCGCUUUCUGUUCCUGUGGUGUAUGAUAUGCCCACUACCACCACCACCGCCACCACCCAGCAGCAGAACAUCAUCUUCCCCGCGGCGAUACCAGAAGAGGCGCAGAUGCAGACGAGGCAGCAGACGCCACCGGAAGAACCUGAAAUUGUGCCUGUGCCGUCCAUCAUCGCCAACGAGGAGACGGAGUCGGACGAGCAGAGCUUUGACCUGGACGGAUUCCCGAUGCCGCCUAAUUUUAUGGGCCAGGAGUACCUCACUCCCGUCGAGGAGGUUGAGGACUGGGUUGACUUGGAGGAGACGUCGGGCAAAGUGUAUGCCUUUGACCCGGCGCACUCGUCGUCCGACCCGGCUAGGGAUGAUGACGGGUCUGACUUGGAUAUCCCGUUCUCGGAUGAUUCUACGUUGAGGGGGGAGGAGCCGCCGUUGAGCAGGGCGCUUCAUGUGUAUCAGUCAACGUACACUGGUGAGGGCGUUCUGGGCGGCGUGCAUUCGGCUGCUUUGGAUGUUGUCUAUGAUACUAAGAGGAGACGGCAGUCGUUGUUUAGAUGGCUGCAUGUACAGCAAGACAUGAUGAACUUUGACGAGUUUACCAAUGAGAUCUCGCGCGCGCUCUCCGAGUCGGAGCAAAACGACAUUCGCAAGCUUCUCUCCGAUGUGAGAAAGAACUACUCCAAGACCGUCCGCACAGCUCGCAACACGACGGUGAAGCACAUGGAGCCCAGCCAUCUCGAACUCCCCCUCCAACGUGGAGGAGACCAAGCCAAAGGCUCGGCGACAGGGAAGCGUUCCGCGACUUGGCUGUGUAUCCCGUACUUCUCACUAGAGGAAUACUCGGGUAUUCAGGCCACGGGAAACCCGGGAGCUUACCCGCCUCAAACGCUGUUGCAGUCGGCGUUCUCGAGGAACUCGCAAAAGCGGGAUAUGCUCCAGGCGACGCGGCAGAUUGGCAACGGAGGGAAAGACAUGUGCUUCCACAUCCGACAGCUAUGGUGUAUCGUCCUGGACAACUCGCUGCUCAUCACCUGCGGUUCCAUGUACGAAGAGGCCCUGCGCGGCGAGACCGUCACCAUGACAUCUGAGCCGGCGAGAGAUCCUACCUUGGGUGCAGACACGGGGCGGAUACUUAUUCGAAACGCCGAGUCGGUGUUGUGGUCGUUCCCUCUCGAGGAGUGCCGCACCUGGUUCGCUUUCAUUGCGCACUUUGCCGAUUUUUGGCCAAAGGCGGUCCGUUUCCACUUCAAUGGUCGUCUGUUAACGGAAGCGCGGUGGUGGAAGGUGCUUCAGUUCGCGAGGACUUCGCGUAGGAAUGUGGUGAUCAACAUGGAAACGUGUACACCACCACAACUACCGCCAAGCGGCAUCUUGAGACCUCUCAAACAAGGCCUGAGCAGCAAUGCUGGCCAAGCGUCUAACAGCCUACAGCUUCCAAGAUCUUCAGGUGGAAACCGGAUGAGCUUCCCGCCAGGACAGUUCAACAAGAGCAACGAAAUGUUUCACGUGUUCAGCUGGGCCGAAGCAAACCCGCCCAGCCCCCUUGAAGGUCCCAACUUUAUCGUCCUCCAGAAACAGCUGUCCGAAGUCGAGGAGUUCCUGACGGCCGAGACCAACGGGCCGGAUCGGCGGGCGUACCUAGAGGCUGAGAUGUCGACGAGGAAUGAGGUGUUUGAGUACCUCGAGCAACAGGGGGCGCGAAUGCAGGACACGAAGAAGUCGUGGAAGAAGCAGGACUAUGAGGAGCGUGUUGACAUUUUCAAUGCGGCUGACUCUUUGUUCCGAUUCUUCUUGCCUCCUUUGUUUGAUGGACCGACUACAGAGAGGUUCUGGGGUGCUGUGAUGAACUUGGUCAGAAUCCCUCAGCCCGAGGCCACAGAGGGGGAGUCUCAUCCGCACAACCUUGACAAGACAAGACGUGAAGCUGUCUACGCAAAUGCCCCUACGGUCAGAAAAGCACUGCGCCAAAUGGCGCUUCCCGUCAUCGCCUUCAAGAGCAUCCUGUCCCACGCCGAACCUACGGACCGGUUGGAUAUCGACGUUCCGCUGGAGCUGAUCCGCGCCUGGCUUCAUCUGGUCAUGGGCCUGAUCUACGCGAGUCACGAGACGCACAUGUGGGAAGACCAUCUGGAAGUGGCGGAUGCGUUGGUCAAGAGCGGCAUGAAGCACGUUAUGGAACGGCUGUCAAAUCUUAACCUGCUGGAACGGUCUUCCGUGCUCCCGCUCGAGGUGGUGUCCCUGAUGAGCUACGGCCUCUUGUCCAACACGUCUGGAAAGUAUGCGGGAAUUACAGACACUUAUUCAGAGUACCUCAGAGCCUUGGAAAACGAGAUUGCUAACGGGCAGUCGGAUAUCUCUUACCAGCAGCGAAUCAACUUUCUGCGACAGGAAGUAAGCGUGAUUAAUCGCACAAUCGCUGCGCAAAACAACGUCUUUAGCUCUAUCCUGGCCUCCCGUAAAGAAGGGUCAUCAGCAGCAGCAAAGCUUCACCGUUCGGCUCGGACUCAGGUCGCCGCUGCCAACUACCGUGAGGCUUCUCACAUGCGGAUGGGCAGAAGCAGCGGCAGACACGCCGCCGAUGACGAAGACGUGCAGGUGCUGCUGGAGCCCAUGGCCAUGGCUGCCAGUGCAGAGGUGUCUGACUUUUACAAGCUUCCGGCCACGGACGCGGCUGGCUUCAGGGAUCUCCUGGCGGCGGAGUGCACGCAGCUCCUGGAGAGGCGGACCAGGGACUUUGAAGAGUAUGCUGAGCAAGCAGACGUUUUGGAACAGACGAACCUCAACAACGCGGCGGUGACCAAGGACCGCCAGGAGCAGGCGAUUUAUGCCUUUACCAUUGUCACCAUCAUCUUUUUGCCUCUGAGCGCCGUCUCGAGCGUCUUCGGGAUGAACUCUAGCGACAUCCGAGACAUGGAGGCCGGGCAGUGGCUGUACUGGGCCACCGCGAUACCCGUGACCAUCCUGACGAUUGUGUUGGGUCUGUGUUGGAUGGGCGAGAUGGGACACCUCGUCGACUGGGUGCUCAGGAAAGUGCGAGGCGACGACAGACUCAGUCCAAAGUUUCCUGCUUCGUAUGGCGGCGGGGACAUGGCCGAGAAGCCUAGCUACCAGCAGCAUGCUGGUAUCGAGGUCAUUAAUGCUCCGCGGGCCGUGUAUAGUCGACCAAUGUCGGCCAAGCAAAGCUUUACGAGGCGGCUGGAUAGACGACGAAGCCUCCGGACGUGA